AUGGCGGCGGCCUCCCCCUCCCUCCUGCCCGCACGCACGCCCGCACGCACGCCCGCCCGCACGCACGCCCGCACGCACGCCCGCACGCACGCCCGCACGCACGCCCGCACGCACGCCCGCACGCACGCCCGCACGCACGCCCGCACGCACGCCCGCACGCACGCCCGCACGCACGCCCGCACCCGCUCCCGGAAGUGUUGCCGUGGUAACGCGCUGGAGGGGAGCCGCCGCUGCGAGCUGUGCGGGGCCGCGGCGCGGGGUCGCUGCGGCCGCUGCCGCCUCACGAGCUAUUGUGAUAAGGACCAUCAGGAAGCUGACUGGGUCAGUAUCCACAAGCAAAUAUGCCAGCUGCUGGUCCCAAUCCGCACGUCCCUCCCCUGUCCCCCUACGGAAAGAGAGAGAAAGCAUGGCAUGGAGCAGCUGCUGAGGAGGCAGAAACACAUCAUCGACGUGGCGUACAGCACAGCCCAGGAGUUUGUUUGGGGUGGGAAGCACGAGGAAGCGCGGCCGGCAGCUCUGCAUGCGCUGCGCUUCAGCAUCGAGGUGUACGGCUCCGAUUCCCUCCAACUGGUGCCUGCUUAUCUCCUCUUGGCUGAGGCCUCCGCUGGUGCUGGACAUCUCCCAGAGGCAUCAAAGUAUCUGUCCCAAGCCGAGUGGCUCAUCCUCAGAACUCCAGACUGCAGUGCUGCUGUUCAGUACAAACUGCAUCGCAGUCUGGGGCUGUUCUGUGCUGCUAAAGGGGACUUUGAGAAGGCUUUGUACCACCUGGCAAACGACGUUUACCUCGCUAGUUCUGCGUUUGGACUGAAGUCCAUCGAGGCCUCUGGAGGCUAUUUCCACAUGGCUGAUAUUUUCUUCCGCCAGAACAAAAUGGACAUAGCAAACUCACUCUACGCCGAGGUGACCGGCGCCUGGCAUUCCUUUCUCCUGAAGUCACUCCGAGCCCAGCAGCAGGUUCUCAAGUCACAACCAGCAACAUCCCUGUUCACCGAGGACAGGGAAGUCAGUGAGGAGCCCAUGACUGAAGCCCAGCAAGUGGAAGGAAUCCGAGUGCUGAAUGCCAUAUUAGACAUCAGAGAACAGGCACCAACACAACAACCUGGGGAAACUGCCAGAGUCCUGCACGCUCUUGCCAUGCUUCACUACCUGCUCUUGGAUAUACCAAAGGCUCGGGAGCUGGGGCUGAAAGCCUUUGAGCUGGCCAAGCAACUGCCACAGCAGGAGUCUCUAGAACCCCUCGGGCACUUGCUGAAGCUGAUGGACAUGGAGCCUUCCUCCACAAAGUGAAGAACUUCCUACCAGAGCAGCUCCUUGGCCUGUGUUUGGAAAUCAAUUCCUGUUGGGAUGAGCCCGCUCUCAUGGACCACCCAACCUCCAUAGCCUGUUAUGGAGGAACUGCGUGAGGGUAGGAACAAAAGCACACCCAGCACCUCAUGCAUAAUUCAUGACCUGAUGGUUUAUGAAUAAACCAACAGCCU